AUGAUUAUUAUAUAAAUGUAAUCCAAGAAUUAUUGCCUGUUAUCAACUUCUCUCAUUUGAAGGAGAAAACUAAUUAUCAUGAUAGGCUAAUUUAAUUAUACGAAAUCAAUGUGCAAGAUUGCAACAUCAGAAGGCAAUUAAAUGGCAAACUGUAACUGAAUAGACCCACAUGAGAAUGUUUCCAUCAUUUUUCCCCAUCAAAGAUACAAUAACAAGUCAAGUACUCUACCGAACCGCGACGCGGAGCCCCAUGGACGUACCUAGCCGGCGCCCCGGGGCGCGCGCGGCGGGCCCGCGCCCGGGGCCGGGGUAACUGGUACCCGGGUGAGUCGGAGAAUGCCGCUACUCUCUGGUGAGUCCAUCUCUCCUCGCUCUCAUCAAAAUGUACCUAGCUUUCACAAACUCUACUCAUCCUAUUCACCCAGAUUAACCCUAUGACUUCUGCAACUGGGACAUCUCUGUGAAAAACUUAUGGUAAUCACAUAAGUCAGUAGACAGGUGGUUAAUAUCCAGAUGGCUAUUGAACUCACCACGAGAGCCAUAGAGGCGAUGUCCUCUACCAUAGGGGCACCAAGCCCGUCAGAUGUUACGGGUCACUACAAGGUCAACGGGAGCUAUGGGAUGAACGUCACAUUGAAUAACAGUAGCAGUAAUGAGACAAACAGUGCCAGGAAUAUCGAAGCUCUAAAGCUUGCCAACCAGUAUGUGUUGAUGGUUACUCUCGGACUCACCAUGGUCGGGAUGGGAGCUGCCAUCGAGUUUAAAGACUUCAAAAUAGUUCUCCGUCGACCUGUUGGGGUCGGUAUAGGGUUCGUCUGUCAGGUUAUACUGAUGCCUCUGAUAGGAUUCGUCCUGGCGAUUGUGCUUCGGAUGGAGCCACCCCAUGCUCUGGGUAUACUCAUUGCAGCUUCGAGUCCCGGAGGAACAACCUCAAACCUCUUCACCUACUGGACAGAUGGUGACGUUUGCCUCAGCGUGGUGAUGACAACGAUAUCAACGGUAAUAACGCUAGGCUCGAUGCCGCUCAACCUGUUCAUCUAUGGCCGACGGUGGACGGACAGAGGGGCCGUUAUACCGUACAAGGACAUCAUUAUUGCCCUGGUAUCGUUCAUCGGCCCCGUCGGUCUCGGUAUCCUGAUCAGAUGGAAGUCGAGGAAGUGGGGGAUUUUUAUCGGCAAGCCUCUCGGCGUAGUCGGCAUGCUCGGUAUCCUCACCAGUAUCAUCCUCACAGUCUUCAUCAACCCGAACAUCUGGGCGUCCACCUGGAAGCUUUACGUCGCCUCGCUCCUCCACAUGUGGAUCGGCUGGUCUCUGGGCUACACCCUCGCCAGGCUCCUCUGCCAACCCCACAAGCAGUCCCGUACCAUCGCCUUUGAGACCGGACUCCAGCAGAUAGGCAUCGCGAUGACGCUGAUCUCGUUCUCCUACAAGGACGACACGGAGCUGUUCCUCGGGGUCAUAGUCUACCCGAUGUUCUUUGGACCGUUCAGCAUCCUCAGUUUCAGCUCCUGGACGUUGGCCUACAAGAUAUACAGACAUUACAAACCUGAAAUGGAGAGCGAGGUCGAGGAUGACCAGAGAGGAGGCGGCAAGGAAAUUGGGCUCCGAGAUCAUGAUAAUGACAAGCAGGGGAUUGAAUUAAGGGAUGCUGAAGAAAAAGCCACCAAGGAACCUUUCAUAUGAUAUAAUCAUUUGAAUGCUAACAGGUAGUAACACAUUUUCUAACAUAUUUUUUUUUCAAUGUAUCUUUUAGAGUCCUUGGCCAGUAUUCAAGUUUAAUCUAAACUCUGCUCUAAAGUUAUUAUUUAAAGGUAUACGCUCCCGGGAUUCAAGAAGGCGCUGUUUGACGGUGUUACUACGGGAUUUGCUCGCGGCCUUCUUCAUUAUGAAGGUCUUUGAAUUAAGUUGCAUGCUACUGUCGAUCAUUAUCCAGUCACACAUAUACACAGUACACUGCAGGGCUUUUGUAUACAUCGGUGCUGGCCUAAAUAUCCGCUGAGGUCACUUCACACAUCAGGGUCUAAGAUAGAUGCAAUGUUAAUUGUGACCUGAAUGACACAAUUUGUCGACAAGAUAUAAACACAUAAUUUGUCUGUCUAAUUGGUUUACUCAACACAAAACAGGUCGCAAUGACCCAGCCAGGGUUGAGCUUUAUGACUAGGGACCAUAAUAUUCAUCUGUCGUCCGGAAUUUUGCCAGUCCUAUUGCGCCUCUGUGCAAAAUUAUCAGUCGACGAUAUCUGUAUUCCUAGUUCGUCAAACGUAAGCUGUGCAAGUUUUGUGUAAUUGUAUGUGUUAAGUGCCAUGCAUGGUGCACGCAUGCAUGGUAACAAUAUAUGGUGCAAUUACUUAGCCACGAUUACUUCAUCAAUUCCAUGAAUAAGGCUUUGAUAAAUUAUUUGGUUGGGGGUAAAAAUGGGUCGGUUGGUUAUUUUUUUUUUUUAAAGUGUAGGUUUAGAGCACAUUAGCUGCAUGUAUAAAGUGCAGUAAAAUGUAGUUUAAACAAUGAACAGCAGGGUCAGAUCAGUUCUUUUUUAUGUAUUGCAAAAUUGUUUUAUGUUACUUUGGUGAUGGUUGUUAUUUUAAUAUCUGUUAUUCAAUUAUGUUAAAAUCAUGAAUAUUCCAAUAUGUAUGGAUUCUAACUAAUAGCAUAUGAACUCCAAACUCUAUAAUAUUAAAUUUUCAUUCCCACACAACUACUCUUUCCAUAUAUCUACGAUGCCCGAUUCAUCUUUGCCAGCUAUCAGCUAAACCUGCCAUUGCAGCUAUUCUAUGGAUGUAAAUACUGUUGAUAGCCUACAUAGUCUAUAUGACAGUUUUCCUCCUCGUUUUAAUGCUUCCACUGCAGCUAUUUUGUGGAUGGGAUACUGCCUUGAAUACUGAAUAUAAUCAUAACCUUUGAAUAUACCAAUAGGCAAUGCAGAAAAUGUGGCAUUUUUGCAGAUUUGCUCACUUUAUGUGUGUGGUCAUUCGCAAUCAUUUCCUUUAUUAUGUAGACGAAUAAUGCUAUGCUUUUAUAGGUAGGCGAUAAUAAAUAAUAAUAUAGGAUUUGUAUAGCGCACUUAUCCAUCUUGCUAGGUGCUCAAGGCGCUCUAAAAUUUCCCCGGCUAAGCUAGUCUACCAAUUCCUGUGCGCACAGCUGUUUGAGGAAUUCCUGCCGGUACCCAUUUACCUCACCUGGGUUGAGUGCAGCACAAUAUGGGUAAAGUUCUUGCUGAAGGAAAACACGCCAUGGCUUGGAUCGAACACACGUCCUUCAGAUUUAAAGACGAGAGUCUUAACCACUAGACCACGAUGCCCCCACAUGCGUAUUGGCUAUGUACCGCAUGACUAUACACUUUGGCAGGGGCGGAUCCAGGAUUUUCAAAGAGGGGGGGCACAGGGUUUUAACCAAAAAAUUAAGGAUAUUGUGUCCCUGAAAAAAAUCAACAAGC